AUGUUCCCUUCCACUAAGUUUCUUGAUGUGCUGAAGACUUUGAAUUUCUUAUUGGAUUUCGUUUGGAGAGCAUUUUUGGGCUAUUGGCACCUCCUAACAUUAACUCAUUCUUGUAUGCAUUCAGAUACAAACGGUAAGUUAAAAUCCCUAAAAAUCGAUUUGAAAAGCCCUACUGGGUUAAAAGUAGGUCAAGAUCCUCAAUCUGACAAGAAAGGUACGAUUGAACCUCAUAUCCUUCAUAAUGCUCGAGGCAUCCCUUAUGUUGAAUGGGAUCCUAACUUAGGUUACAGUGAAGAAGAGAAUCACCCUCUCCCUCUCAAACAUAAUCAGCAUGCUGCUGUGUAUAUUGAUGAAACAGAUGUAGAUGAGGGUAGUUGGAAUCAUUGCCUUAUUGGGCAUUUCCUUGUUGGCAAGAUGAACUUCACGUUACUGAACUCUACGUCUUGGAAAGUUUUGAAGGAUAAUGUCCUAUCAGUGGAACAGAUUGGAUUGAGAUUCUUGUUCAAAUUCAAGUACGAGGCUACUAAGUUGAAAGCAUUGGAGGAUGAAAUAGAUGUUGGAACCGAGUUGCCAGAUGAUGUUCAAAUUACAGUCAAUGGGGAAUGUGUGUGGUGGUGGCACUACAAUACCAAUGGCUUCCACCAAUUUGUUCAAUUUGCAAGGUAUUCGGGCACCAUCAAGGUAAAUGUGAGUGACCCUAACACCUCUACUAGUCAAUCUGUCUUAGACCCUACAGUUGAUGCAUCCCCUCAAAUUCUUGUUGCUGAGAUCAGUCCAAUUGAAGAGAUAUCCAAUCACACCAAGACCAAACCAGAUAGCCCCAACAGCCCUCGCAGUUCUGAAUUGGAAGAGGAAGCAGUUCAUGGGUGUGAUACACCCAUUUUUGGCCCCUCAAUUCCAGAUGUUAAAGUGGUGUAUAGAGCAGCAUCAGUCACAUCUCCUUGGGUUGUUCUAGGAGAUUUCAAUGCCAUUAGAUUCCCAUGUGAGAAGGUAGGGGGUGCUGCUUCUUGGCCUCCCUAUGUGAAUGAAUUUAGUGACUUCAUUAACCAAUUAGAACUUGAGGAUCUUAGGUAUCUUAUGUUAUUUUUGGGGAUAAAUUCCACUCUACCCUAUUGGUGUUUGAGGCUUUCCACAAUGCAACUUUUCCAGGGAGUGGUUGGAGUUUUGGAACUAUUGGAAGUUACACGAAGCGGGAGCGAGGACGGGGGAACGGAUGAUAUCAUAGAAGUGUGGGAGCACCAUUGGGAGCGGUUAAACGCUGACGAUAUUUCUAAAAAUGCCGGUAAAGGUGGUACUAAUGCCGGUAAAACUAUUACCGGCAUUUUUGACCACUUUUUCUGGCAUUUGUUAAGUGCCGUUGUGAACAUGGAUUUGCAUUCUGACAUGAAGACUGAUGUCAGAAACAGAGACUCCGAAAUUUGUGUUCACUGUUUUGGUGUCUUUUUCUGUGCUAAAUUAGAUGGUUACUUGCAGUUUGUGGAACAUCACUAUUUGUUGGAAGCAAUUUUGCUAUUUGAUGCUCAGAUAACAAAAUCCUGUUUCAGUUUUGUUGCUCAACUGUCAAGAGGUGAGACUUCAAUGAAGGCCCUUGUGCAGCGGUGUUUGGUGCUGAUGAAGAGGCUGGCUGGUGAUGAGCAUCAACUUCAAGGUCUGAAGUUUCUCUUUGGUUUUCUUGGUGCCAUUUUGAGUGAUUGUGGAUUGAAUAAAAGUACCAUUGACAAAUCUUUUGGGAAGUCUUUGUCCAGCAAUAGUUUUGGUAUGGGAAUUAUGGCCUCACGAUCUCCAAGUUCAGGAAAAAGUUCCGAGACCUUGGUUCUUUCUGCUAAUCAGGAAGGGGGAUCCGCAUCUCUUGAAUGCGAUGCAACUUCUGUGGAUGAAGAUGAGGAUGAUGGAACAUCAGAUGGUGAGGUGGGUAGCAUGGACAAGGAUGAGGAAGAUGAUUCUAACAGUGAUAGGGCUCUUGCUUCGAAAGUUUUCACAUUUACACCCAGUGGCAGCAAUUUUAUGGAACAACACUGGUACUUUUGCUAUACAUGCAAUUUGACUGUGUCAAAAGGCUGCUGUUCUGUGAGUGCCAAAGUUUGUCAUCGUGGUCAUCGUGAUGUAUACUCCCGCUCAAGUCGCUUCUUUUGUGAUUGUGGAGCUGGGGGUGUUAGAGGUAGUAGUUGCCAGUGCUGGAAGCCUCGGAAAUUGAAUGCUAGUAACAAUGCGCCCACUCGUGGCUCUGCCAAUUUUCAGUCUUUUCUACCCUUUACUGAGGAUGGAGAUCAGCUUCCUGAUAGUGAUUCAGAUUUUGAUGAAGACGUCCCUAUGGACAAUGAUAACUCUAUUAGGUUAUCUAUUCCAAGAGAGGUUCAAGAUGCAAUGCCGUUGAUUCUUAAAGAUCUUGAAGUUGAAAAUCAGGUGCUUGAACUUUGCUCUUCGUUGUUGCCUUCUGUAACUUGCAGAAGGGACUCCAACCUUUCAAAAGGUAAGACCAUUAUACUGGGUGAAGAUAAAGUGCUUUCUUACGGAGUCGAUCUUUUGCAAUUGAGGAAGGCAUAUAAAAAGAUGCUCUUGGACCUCAAGAUAAAAGCGGAUUAUCCUAAUGCCAAGGAGCUGAAAUCUCAUUUGGCUGGUGGAUCACUUGUGAAAUCCUUGCUUAGUGUUACCAUUCAAGGUCGACUUGCUGUUGGUGAAGGUUACAAAGUGGCCAUAUUUGAUGUUGGACAGCUGAUUGGGCAGGCAACCGUUGCACCUGUGACAGCUGACAAGGCUAAUGUGAAACCCCUCUCUAAGAAUGUUGUCCGAUUUGAAAUUGUUCAUCUUGUCUUCAACCCUGUGGUAGAGAAUUAUCUUGCUGUAGCAGGCUAUGAAGAUUGCCAGGUCCUUACUGUAAGUCUUCGUGGAGAGGUAACUGAUCGCCUAGCGAUUGAACUUGCUUUGCAAGGGUCUUAUAUCAGGCAUAUGGAUUAGGUUCCAGGAUCACAGGUUCAGCUAAUGGUGGUUACCAACCAGUUUGUCAAGAUAUAUGAUCUUUCUCAGGACAACAUCAGUCCCAUGCACUACUUCACAUUGCCCGAUGACAUGAUUGUGGAUGUAACACUUGUUGUGGCAACCCAGGGAAGGAUGGUUUUUAUUGUUCUCUCAGAGCUUGGAUGCUUAUUCAGGCUAGAAUUGUCAAUAAAGGAAAUGUUUCAAAUUGUAGGUAAAAAUGUGCUCGUGAAGGGAUCGUCUCUGUACUCUUCACCAACUUAUAAGCUACUCUUGUUAUCUUACCAAGAUGGAAGCACAUUGGUUGGCCGGUUAAAUCCUGAUGCAACUUCUCUUACUGAGAUAUUUGCAAUAUAUGAGGAUGAGCAUGAUGGUAAGCUGCGACAAGCUGGAUUGCAUCGCUAGAGGGAAUUGCUUGUUGGGAGAAUUAUUGUCUGUUUCUCGACUCUGAGGUCCAAUGUUGCCCUUGCUGUUUCCUUGGGGGAGAACGAGAUGUUUGCACAGAACCUACGUCAUUCAGUGGGUUCAACCUCGCCUUUGGUUGGGAUAACUGCAUACAAACCAUUAUCCGAAGAAAUCCGCUGUCUUGUUUUACAUGAUGAUGGCAGUCUCCAGAUAUACUCACAUGUUCCUGUUGGGGUUGAUGCUAGUUCAGCUGCUAUGUCAGAAAAAGUGAAGAGACUGGGAUCUGGUAUUCUUAGCAAUAAAGCUUAUGCUAGUUUAAAUCCGGAAUUUCCACUUGAUUUUUUUGAGAAAACAGUAUGCAUCACGGCAGACGUGAAACUGAGUGGUGAUGCCAUCAAUGGUGACUCGGACGGUGCUAAGCAAAGCUUAGCAUCUGAGGAUGGGUUUUUAGAGAGUCUCACCCCUGCAGGAUUUAAGAUCACUGUUUCAAAUUCCAAUCCCGACAUAGUCAUGGUUGGUUUUCGUGUCCAUGUGGGAAAUACAUCAGGAAACGAUAUCCCUUCUGAGAUUACUAUUUUCCAGAGAGUGAUAAAAUUAGACGAGGGCAUGCGGUCUUGGUAUGACAUUCCAUUCACAGUGGCUUAAUCACUUCUUGCUGAUGAAGAAUAUACAAUUUCGGUUGGACCGACCUUUAAUGGCUCCACAUUACCGAGAAUAAACUCGUUAGAAGUUUAUGGUCGAGCUAAGGAUGAAUUUGGCUGGAAGGAGAAGAUGGACUCAGUAUUGGAUAUGGAAGCUUGUGCUCUUGGUUGUAAUUCCUCAGCUGCAGGAUCAAGGAAAAGGUGUUGUAUCACGCAAUCUGCUCCAGUUCAGGAGCAAGUGGUUGCAGAUGGCCUUAAGCUUUUGUCUAGGUUCUAUUCACUGUGUAGGUCACAAGGAUACUCAAAGGUUGACGAUGUAAAGCUGGAGCUGAGCAAGCUAAAGUGCAAUCAGUUGUUAGAAACAAUAUUUGAAAGUGAUAAGGAGCCUUUGUUGCAGGCUGCUGCUUGCCGUGUCUUGCAGGCUGUGUUCCCUAAAACGGAUUUGAAUCUCCAAGUAAUUACCUGUUCAUACUUCUCCUUGUUUUAUGUUCCCAAUCCUUACCUUUCUCUUUUUAGAACAUUUACUUUUGUUCUUUCAUACAUAAUCUCUAUACUUCUUAACACAUUGUGCCUUCUUGGAGUGGUGAAAUCCACCAUCAUUCUGACUUCAAGGCUGGGAGUUGGUUGUACCACAGCAGGGUGGAUUAUUGAAGAUCUCACCGCCCAAAUGCACGCAGUUUCUAGGUUUGCAUUGAACCGCCGGUCAAACUUGGCCGCCUUUCUGGAAACAAAUGAAGUGGUAGAUGGGUUAAUGCAAGUAUUGUGGGGAAUGUUGGACAUAGAGCAAUCUGACACACAAACUAUGAACAACAUCGUUAUAUCCUCUGUGGAGUUAAUUUAUUGUUAUGCUGAGUGCCUUGCUUUUGCAUGGGAAGGAUCCAGGAGAGAUAUCUGUUGCCCCUGCUGUUUCAUUAUUGAGAAACUUCUGUUCUCCAAUGAGGCCGUUUAGACAUCCUGCAGCUUGGCUAUAUCUUCAAGGUUGCUUCAUAUGCCAUUUCCAAAGCAAACUAUGUUAGGUGCAGAUGAUGCGGUGGAGAAUGCAUCACCUAUUCUUUUGCCUGCUGAUGUGACAACCUCAGCUGGUGGAAAUACUCACAUGGUUGAAGAAGACUCUAUUACAUCUUCUGUCCAAUAUUGUUGUGAUGUUUGUUCCACUGUUCCUAUACUUAGGAGAAGAUGGCAUUGCACUGUUUGCCCUGAUUUUGAUUUAUGCGAGGCAUGUUAUGAAGUGCUAGAUGCAGACCGUCUUCCUCCACCACACUCUAGGGAUCAUCCAAUAUUUGCAAUUCCAAUUGAAGUGGAAACAUUAGGUGGGGAAGGCAAUGAGUUUCACUCGACAACAGAUGAUUUCAGUGACUCAAGGUUGUUGCCAAAUGCAGCUGAAGUAAACAAUCAAAGUUCUGCCCCAUCGAUUCAUAUGCUAGAACCCAAUGAAUCUGAGGAGUUCUCCACUUCCGUGAUAGACCCAGUUACAAUUUCAGCAUCAAAAAGGGCAGUAAAUUCGUUGCUUAUUUCUGAACUUCUUGAACAGCUGAAAGGGUGGAUGGAAACCUCCUUUGGGGUUCGGGCUAUUCCUGUUAUGCAGCUCUUUUAUCGAUUAUCAUCUGCUGAGGGGGGACCUUUUGUUGACAGCUCAAAACCAGAGAGCUUAAAUUUGGAGAAAUUAGUAAGAUGGUUUUUGGAUGAGGUUAAUCUAAACAAACUAUCCAUCAUCUAACACAAACCUUUUGCAGCCAAAACUCGUUCUUCUUUUGGAGAGGUCACUAUCCUUGUUUUUAUGUUCUUUACUUUAAUGCUCCGAAAUUGGCAUCGGCUCAACUUAGAUGUUUUUGUACCGAAAUCCAGUGGAGCUACAGAUACAAAUGACAGAAGUGUCAUCCAUGUUCUACCUUUGUCUUCAGUUCCUUCCUCGUCAUCGUUGGAUGAUCAAGAGAAAACUGAAUUUGCUGCUCAGCUGCAUCGUGCGUGUGGAUCCCUUGGGCAGCAAAUUUUUGUUAAUUAUCUAAUGGAUAUCCUGCAGUAGCUGGUGCAUGUUUUUAAGUCCCAAACUGAUAGCUUUGACAAUGGGAAUGGUGCAAACCCUGGUUCGGGAUGUAGGGCUUUGCUAACAGUCAGAAGAGAGCUACCAGUGGGUAACUUGUCUCUGUUCUUUUCAGAUUCAUAUGCUAAAUCACACAGGACGGACAUAUUUGCAGAGUACCAGCUAUUGUUAGAGAAUGCUUUCCGUCUGGUUUACAGUUUGGUUAGACCAGAAAAGCAUGACAAGGCUGUGGAGAAAGAGAAGGCAUCCAAGAUAUCUGCUGGCAAGGAUUUGAAACUAGAUGGGUAUCAGGAUGUUCUCCGCAGUUACAUCAACAAUCCCCAUACAAGUUUUGUGAGAAGGUACGCAAGGCGGCUUUUUCUGCAUCUAUGUGGUAGAAAGACUCACUAUUACAGCGUUCGAGACUCUUGGUAGUUCUUGAGUGAAGUUAAGACGCUUUCCAAAUACAUAAAUAAAUCUGGUGGCUUUCAAAGUACAAUCCCCUCCGAAAGGAGUGUUAAGAUAGUGAAGUGCCUUACUAUAGCCGAAGUAGCUACUGCACGGCCUCGGAACUGGCAAAAGUAUUGUUUGAGGCAUGGAGAUGUCUUGCCCUUUCUGAUGGAUGGUAUAUUCUGUUUCGGGGAAGAGUCUGUUAUUCAUUCUCUUAAACUUCUGAAUUUGGCUUUCUAUACUGGAAAGGACAUGAACCACGCCUUACAGAAAGCCGAAGCGGACACAGGAACAAGUUUGAACAAAUUAGGAGUGCAAGCUCUGGAGUCCAAGAAGAAGAAGAAAGGAGAAGACGGUGAAUCUGGUUUGGAGAAGUCUUAUUUAGACAUGGAGGCAGCUGUAGACAUCUUCAUUGCCAAAGGGGGAGAUACCUUGAGGCCAUUCAUUGAUUGUUUUCUGUUGGAAUGGAAUUCAAGCUUUGUACGGUCAGAAGCCAAAUGUGUUCUCUACGGCGUCUGGCAUCAUGGAAAGCAGUCAUUCAAGGAAUCCUUGUUAGCGUCUCUCUUGCAUAAAGUGAAAUGCCUGCCAAUGUAUGGCCAGAAUAUCAUUGAGUAUACAGAACUUGUCACCUGCUUGUCGGGGAAGCCUGAUAACAUUUUGAAGCAAAAGAACACUGAAAUUGUAGGAUGCUUGACCCCUGAUGUGAUUAGGUGCAUCUUUGAGACACUUCACUCCCAGAAUGAGCUUUUGGCUAAUCAGCCGAAUGAGCUUUUGGCUAAUCAGCCGAAUUCACUUAUAUAUAACACUUUGAGUGGUUUAGUGGAAUUUGAUGGGUACUAUCUCAAGAGUAUGCCUUGUGUUGCUUGUAGCUCUCCUGAGGUGCCCUAUAGUAGGACGAAGCUAGGAAGUUUAAAAUCAGAAAUGAAAUUUAUAGAUAAUCGAAUCAUAAUGAAAUGUACUGGGAGCUAUACCAUCCAGAGUGUGACCACGAAUGUUCACGAUGCUCGUAGGUCCAAAUCAGUUAAAGUCUUGAACCUCUACUACAACAAUAGGCCUAUGGCUGACUUGUCCGAGUUGAAGAAUAAUUGGUCGUCAUGGAAAUGUGCGAAGAGCUGCCACCUUGCUUUCAAUCAGACUGAGCUAAAAGUGGACUUUCCCAUUCCAAUCACUGCAUGUAACUUCAUGAUUGAGUUGGAUUCUUUCUACAAAAAUCUUCAAGCUUUAUCCCUUGAACCGUUGCUCGUCCUGUCACUGCCCGGGAUUUGUAGUAUUUGCCAUGAGAAUGCAUAUCAAUGCAGGCAAUGUCGCAAUAUCAAUUAUGAGAAUCUGGAUUCUUCCUUGUGCAAUGAACGUGGGUAUAGCAAAUAUGGUCGCUUUGAAUUUAAUUUCAUGGCAAAGCUGAGUUUCAUUUUUGAUAGUAUGGAAAAUGAUGAAGAUAUGAAGCGGGGACUGAUUGCUAUAGAAUCUGAAUCAGAAAAUGUUCACAGGAGAUAUCAGCAACUGCUGGGCUUUAAGAAACCUUUCCUUAAGAUUGUGUUAAGCAUUGGUGAGAAUGAGAUCUCUCAGCAAAAGGAUUCUGUGCAGCAAAUGAUGGUCUCUUUGCCGGAACCUUCAUGUAAGAUAAACCGUAAAAUUGCACUUCUUGGUGUCCUAUACAGUGAGAAAUGCAAAGCAGCUUUUGAUUCUGUUAACAAAAGUGUGUAGACACUUCAAGGGCUUCGACAAGUUUUGAUGAACUACUUGCAUCAGAAAAAUUCUGAUAGUGCAGUUGCAUCAUCCAUAUUUGUGGUAUCCAGAUCACUAAACAAUUGCUAUGGCCGUGCUUCUACAUUCGUUACACAGUGUCUGGAAAUACUGCAGGUGCUAUCAAAACGCCCAAACUCAAAGAAGCAACUUGUUUCUGCUGGCAUUUUAUCCGAGUUGUUUGAAAAUAAUAUUCAUCAGGGUCCUAAAACUGCUCUUGUCCAAGCCAGGGCAGCCCUUUGUGCUUUCUUAGAAGGUGAUAUAGAUGCGGUGGCCGAGUUGAAUAGUUUGAUACAGAAGAAAGUCUUAUACGGCCUUGAACAUCAUCGUUCAAUGGACAUCGCCCUGGCUACCCAUGAAAAGCUGCUGUUGCUUUCAGAGGUGUGUUCUUUGGCGGAUGAAUUUUGGGAGUCAAGACUGCGAGUUGUCUUCCAGAUGUUAUUUUCUGCAAUUAAAUUAGCUGCCAAGCAUCCUGCUAUUUCUGAGCAUGUUAUUCUUCCUUGCCUGAGGAUUAUAGCUCAGGCAUGUACUCCUCCAAAACCAGAUGCGACCGACAAGGAGCUAGGAAUGGGAAAGCCUGCCUCUUCAUCAAAUGAAAACAACUUAAAUCCUUCUGCACAUUCCAGUGGUCUUGUUAGUGGGGGUAAGACUGUGCCUGAAUCAUUAGAAAAGAGUUGGGAUGGUUCUCAAAAGACUCAAGACAUCCAGUUACUGAGCUACUUAGAGCGGGAGAAGGAAGCUUCAUAUCUUGAUUUUGUUAGGUGGCAGUAUAAAGUUUGCCAGGCUGUGAAGGGAGGUCAGAGGUCUCGGCCACAGAUAUAUGACUACAUGGCUUUGAAAUAUGCCCUUAGAUGGAAGCGCCUUGCUUGUAAGACCAAAAGUGAGUUUACAUCAUUUGAGCUGGGCUCUUGGGUUACAGAACUUGUAUUGAGUGCUUGUUCUCAAUCUAUUAGGUCUGAGAUGUGUAUUCUGAUUUGCUUACUUUGUGGCCAAAGUUCUUCACGGCGGUUCCGGUUGUUGAAUUUACUAAUGUCAUUGUUACCAGCAACGCUUUCUGCUGGUGAAAAUGCCGCUGAGUACUUUGAAAUGCUCUUUAAAAUGAUUGAUUCUGAAGACGCCCGUCUUUUCUUGACUGUAUGUGGAAGCCUAACUACAAUUUGUGAGUUAAUUAGCUGAGAAGAGGGCAAUGUUGAAUCCCUGGAGAGGAGCCUACAUAUAGACAUUUCAGUGGGCUUUAUUCUUCACAAGCUUAUAGAUCUCCACGGAAAUUUUUUGGAGGUUUGCAAUAUCAGAUUCAGAUUCAUGUGGGAGAAGUUGCUGUCUCAAGUCCUUGAGGCCUUCAUCAUUGUCCGAGGCUUGAUAGUGCAAAAGACAAAGUUGAUUAGUGAUUGUAAUCGUCUUUUAAAGGAUCUUCAUGAUGGUCUUCUACUGGAGAGCAACGGAAAUAAGCGGCAAUUCAUACGAGCAUGCAUUAGUGGUUUGCAAAUCCAUGGAGAGGAGAGAAAAGGACGGGCUUCUUUGUUUAUUUUGGAGCAGCUAUGCAAUCUGAUCUGCCCUUCAAAAGCGGAGCCUGUAUAUCUUUUGGUUCUGAAUAAGGCACACACUCAAGAAGAAUUUAUCAGGGGAUCAAUGACCCAGAAUCCUUAUUCCAGUGAUGAGAUUGGUCCUUUGAUGCGUGAUGUUAAGAACAAAAUCGGUCACCAGUUGGAUCUAUUAGGCUUGAUAGAGGACGACUAUGGUAUGGAGUUGCUAGUAGCUGGAAAUAUCAUCUCUCUUGAUUUGAGCAUUGCUCAAGUUUACGAACAAGUUUGGAGAAAGUCAAAUAGCCAGUCUUCAAACACCACUAGUAGCACGUUGCAAUAUGCUAAUGCUGUCACAUCAGCCCGAGAUUGUCCUACAAUGACUGUUACUUAUCGCCUUCAGGGGUUAAAUGGUGAAGCUACUGAAGGAAUGAUCAAGGAGUAGGAGGAGGAUAUGGAGGAAUCUCAGGAUCCAGCAGUUGAGUUUUCAAUUGCAGGUGCAGUCCGGGUGUGUGGUGGGCUUGAAAUCAUUUUGGGCAUCAUUUAUCAUUCAUGGGAUGAAUUGAAGUCAAACCAAGAGCUGUUGGCUGUGGUGCUUAACCUCCUAAUGCUGUGCUGCAAGAUAAGAGAAAACAGAAGGGCCUUAUUAAGGCUUGGGGCUUUAAAUGUACUCUUUGAGAUAGCUCGGCAUGCUUUCUCCGUGGAUGCCAUGGAGCCAGCUGAAGGUAUUCUUUUGAUCGUGGAGAGCCUGACACUGGAAGCGAAUGAGAGUGAUAACAUUAGCAUCACAGAGAGAGUUCUUACAGCCACAAGUGGAGAAAUUGGUGCUAGUGAGUAGGCCAAGAAAAUAGUUCUAAUGUUCCUAGAAAGGUUGUGCCAUCCUUCAAGCCUUAAAAAAUCAAAUAAACGGCAGAGGAACACUGAGAUGGUUGCAAUAAUCUUGCUAACCUACGGUGAACCUGCAGUAAUGGAUGCACUCGUCCAGCAUUUUGAGCCUUAAGACUGGAGUGAAUUUGAUCGGCUGCAAAAAAUACACUUAGAGAAUCCAAAAGAUGAGAGCAAUGCGGAGCAAGCAAUCAAACAGAGUUUUGCAAUGGAGAACUUUGUUAGAGUCUCGGAGUCACUGAAGACGAGUUCAUGUAGUGAGAGGUUGAAGGACAUCAUUUUGGAGAAGGGGAUUACUGGAGUUGCAGUUAGACAUCUGAAAGAGAGUUUUGCAUUUACAGGAUAGGGCGACUUUAAAUCAAGUGCUGAAUGGGCAUUUGGUUUAAAACUUCCAUCUAUGCCACUUAUCAUGUCUAUGCUGAGGGGCUUGUCAAUGGGGCAUUUGGCCGCCCAAAGGUGUAUUGAUGAUGGGGGAGUCUUGCCAUUGCUUCAUGCCUCUAAACAUGAAAUUCAAGUAGGGUUCUUGGGCUUCUUUAAGAGUUCAACCGAAAACCUUGUAGGGUUCUUGGGCUUCUUUAAGUAUUCAACCAAAAACUCAAAUUCAACUUGCAAUCAACUAUCUAAAGCAUGAAUUCAACUACUAAAACAUGAAAUUCAACAUAAAGAACAUGAAUUCAAGAAUAAGGAGUAUGAAUUACCAAGUUUAUGCUUCUAUUCAAACCAA